AAAGAGUAAGUUGUGCGCAGGGAAUCACAUGGGAUCCAGCCACAACUUGCUUUUCAAUGCCUGCCUUCACAAUGACUGCCUCAGUACCAGUCUGCAUGGCUGCACUUUUUUUUUUACUUUGGGUUUUCGCCAUGAACCUCUUCUAUAUACUCAGCUGCAGCUGUAGGUUUUGACUGCUCGGGAAUCCUCUUUUAUUCACUGUUGUUACGUGUAACUGGAUGGUUUAGCCUUUUUUGAAAGUCUUCAGCCCUUUUUGCGGACUCUCCUGUUUUUGUCACUUUAACCUUUUAUAAAGCACCCCCUCCUUUUUGCCACUCCCGGAAUUCAUUGCCAGCCUUCCUGCCUGCUGGCCAUCCUUUCAUUGUCCGGUAAUAGGAAACACCGGACCAGCAAGUGCUGAGGAACACUGGUACCGGUAAAUCCGAACGGAUGCAAAAGCUAGAAUCACAAGAAGCAGAGUUGUUAAAACCUGGACCAACAUCACCGAAGUGUUCCUGGUUCGGAUCUUACACCGAUCUGUGCAAUUCAAGGAUAAAAGGGAAAAUAGGAAACGGAUGCUGUAACUCUGAGACCACCAUCAUCUUCAUCAUUAUAAGCCCGGCUGUCCAAGUCGGUCAUCGGGCACCGGUGGAGGAGAGGAACCAUCCCACAAGGAGGAACCAGCUGUAAACUGGUGGGGGCCGAAUUUGCCUGGCUGCCAGUAACCAGUGUCGUUCAUCUUAUAACAUGCCUGUACAUCUGCAAAAGUAUUAUGUGGUGCUUAAAUUAACUCGCUGCCGUGUUUUCCAGAAGGAUUUGUUGAUAUGACUGGCUUUGUGCCAUCCCAACUUCUUUAUUGUUGGUAGUUGCUUAGAGGUGGUGGACUUGCAGACCAAUAAGAUGACACUCCUUUUACUAGACGAGAGCUACUUUGCUGUUUAUACAUCUGUGACGCUUUCUGAGGGAAAUGUGUUUUGCUGGCUUCAGUUUCCUUGAAUGUCUGGGUCAAUGAAAAAAAAGUGUUCCCUUCUUGAGGUACAAGUUUGAAAUUCUUUGUUAGUUUGCAUUCAGAACAGAACAAAUGACAUUUGCUUACACAAAUGGUAUUACUACUACAUAUGAAGAAGUUUUCUUCUCCAACUUCUUUGUGUAUCAUAACGGAGAUGCGUUGCUGACUUUAUGAUAUCCUAAGGACAAAAUUGUGGCUGUGUCUCCAGCACAGAUGCCUGUCCUUUAGGAUAAGGUGGUCUACACUGCCUCUGCCUUCUGCAUUCUGUGGAGGGGGGAGGAGCUUGGUAGAGUGGCAUUCCAUGCACUUCAUCUAGAGGAAUACAACAGAGAGAGAGAGAGGAGUGGCUGUGGGGACAUCAGCAGCCCCCCAGCCUAUGUUAAGAAUGAGGAGCAAAUAUGCCAUAGCCCUGGUGUUUGUUGUUGCCCUUGUCAUUAUUGAAAAGGAAAACAAGCUUAUUUCCAGGGUAUCGGAUAAAUUUGUACCAAAGCAAACACCACAGACACCAACAGAUGCCAACAGCUCUCUCAGUCCUGCACUGUUACUAGAAAAUGGGUCACUGCUGUCCCUCGGUGAACUGGACUCUGCUUUCCUUCAGUUUAAGUGGCGCCUGGAAAAUUACACUCUGCUGGUUCAGGGUGUUGCUCCAGGCAAGCCACUAUGGACUCCACGGAAGCAUCUUGUGUUGAUGGCUACCACCAGGACUGGCUCUUCCUUCGUGGGGGAGUUUUUCAACCAGCAGGGAAACAUAUUUUAUCUCUUUGAACCUCUGUGGCACCUAGAGAGGACAGUUACCUUUGAGCCUGGUGGUUCUAAUGCUGCAGCUGUUUCUAUUGUUUACCGUGAUAUUCUUCAUGAACUUCUAAUGUGCAAACUUUAUUCUUUGGAAAAUUUCAUAUAUCCAGCUCCUGAGGAACAUGUAACACAGUAUAUGUUUAGGAGAGGGUCUAGUAAGGCUCUGUGUGAGGAACAGGUCUGUUCUCCCUAUGUAAAAAAUGUGUUUGAGAAGUAUCACUGUCGAAAUCAGAGAUGUGGUCCUUUAAACUUGACUCUUGCCAUGGAGGCCUGUCUGCAAAAGGAGCAUAUAACCAUAAAAACAGUGCGGAUACGGCAACUGGAGUUUUUGCGGCCUUUAGCUGAAGACCCCCGGAUAGAUUUAAGGAUUAUAAAUCUGGUAAGAGACCCAAGGGCUGUUUUGGCUUCAAGAAUGGUGGCUUUCUCCCGGAAGUAUGAAACUUGGAAAAAGUGGGCAGCAGAAGGUGAGGAGCCUUUAGAAGAUGAGGAGUUGCAGAGACUUAAAGGGAACUGUGAAAACAUUCGCCUUUCAGCAGAAGUAGGUCUGAGUAAUGCACCAUGGCUGAAUGGGCGUUAUAAGCUGAUUCGUUAUGAAGAUAUUGCCAGGUACCCGCUUCAAAAGGCUGAAGAGAUGUUCAGGUUUGCUCAGAUUCCGCUUACUCAGCAGGUUGUUGAUUGGAUUCUGAAAAACACACAAGGUUCCAAGGACAGUAACGGCAUCUACUCUACACAAAAAAACUCUUUAGAACAAUUUGAGAAGUGGAGAUUUAACAUGCCUUUCAAACUGGCCCAGAUUGUUCAAAAUGUGUGUGCUCCUGCCAUGCAGUUGUUUGGGUAUAAGCCAGUUACAGAUCCAGUAACACUUACGAACCGUUCCAUCAGCUUACUCGAGAAAAAUAUUUUCUGAAGAAUUUGACUUAAGUAAUUGAAGUUUAUAUAGGAAUACAGCUUUAAUUUACAAAAGCUUGAAUGGUUUGGCUUUAAAAAACUAUAUGUGCACAUAUCAGGCAUUCCUGCUGAAUAACAGAGAGUAACUGUUAAUGUAGAUACUUGUAGUAACAGCCUUCUCUCCAAGAUUGUGGUGUAUUAAAGUGCCUUUAAAAUUUGCAUUAAAAUGUUUAUCAUUAACAAGGGUUGGAAAAUGACAGGUUAUUUGUAUUAGGAUAUAACACAACAUUUAAGGUCUUGGCUGCACUUCUAGUGGGAGGUAGACAUUUUAAAAGACUGUCAACUGUCUGUAAAAGCCUAAAACUCAUUUGUCCAUCUCUGCUUAACGACAUGUUAAACUUCAUCCUGACCCCCACCAGUGGCUACAUUAUCGAAGUGUUCUGAUCCAGCCACCAAGCACAUGGGCUUUUUAUUCUGUAUUCUGCUUAUUCUGGCUCUGUAAGUGCAGUCACGGUUUCAGAGCCUGUUGAAGCCGUGGACAUUCGUUCACAUUCUAGAAUGAAGAAUAACGUGAAUUCUCUAAUUUAAUACUGUGUUGUGAAAAAUAAAAUAAAUUAUCAUUUCAAGGAGAAAUAUUUAUUUGUGGGGAAAAACACUCCAAAGUGAGACACUCUGGACCUGGAAGUCCAGUCUUAUCGAAAGGGACCUGUUUUACAAAUGUUCAUGUUCUGUAAGAGUAGUUCUCUUGCUUUAAUUUUACUUUUGAAAAAAAUCUUUCUAGCUAUAGAUAGUAUCUAAUUUAGACAAAAGUUACAAAUAGUUUUUGCCUUGUGGGAAGAAAAAGAUUCCAACAUGAAGUAACCUUCCACAAAUAUUAAACAAAAGACAAACAAACUUAAACUGGAACAACUUAAAGGGUACUUCACAACUAUUUUAUUUAUACUGAAUUUUAAUAAUGCAGCCUGUCAAAAGAAAGUUCACUAAAAUAUGCUUUAAUGAGUUAAAUUUUUGGGUUGGCAUGCUGGUACAACAAUUAGAGUUCCUGCCUCACAACCCUUGGUUCUCCAAUUUGUUUCUCAGCUGGGGUGCCUGUUGUGUUAGUUUGCAUGUUUUCCCUUCAGCCCUGCGGGGUUUUGUUGAUACUCCAAUUUCUUUCAUCUCCCAAAAGCACACUACAGGUGAACUAACAUUCUUCAAAUUGCCCAUAGGUAUGUGUGCCCUGCAAGACUGAGUGUGAGCAUGUUUCCUGUGAUAGACUGACUUUGCAUCUAGGAUUAGUUCCCCCCUAUGUCCUUUGAAUGCUGUGACCCCAAUUUUAGAUAAAGAUAGUAAAUGGAAUGAAUGACUGAGUUAUACUUGUAGGAGAGCUGAUUAAUUUUGGGCUUCCAUAAGGGCUUGUAGCACACCUGAAAAUAGUUAUUUUUUUAAGAAACAUGCUUCCCACCCUCAUACACACAGACACGCAGACACCCAUCUGCCCAUCCUUUGUCCUUUUUGAGGGAGAUUACUUUAAUGACUGGCUUUCCGUAGCUUGUUAUUUAACAUUCCAUUUUUUGGGAAGUUAAGUUAAAUAUUAUUCCUUAUCAGAGACUUCUUUAUUUGCCGGGUCAUAACUGUAUAAUCAAAUGACACAUAUGAAACUGAUGAACUUUCAAGAAACUGUCCUAUUGUUAAAGUGAUGUCCUGAGUUGAAGAGUUGGACUUUCACUAUACUAUGGCAGUGGUAAAUAACUGCUACAAAUGUGGUCGUGAAGUUAAUCUCCGUGUCAACCCAAUAACUAAGGACGUUUAUGUAAAAUCCAAAUCCUCAUCCAGAAGGUCCAAUCUCCCUACCCCUAACUUAAACAAAUUGUGAUUUCUAAACAUAAGGGGGUGUAUCCAAUACAAUUUUAUGUCAGGUACAUACAUUGUUGUUUUACUUGCAUGUUAAGUGGUUUUAUCCAGAGGUUAAAAGUAGACAAGCAGUCAGAGGAACAAGUAAAACAGGUGCUAAGCACAAAGCCUGAAUGUGUCUGCUGAACUGUCACCUCCGAGUGUGUAAAUCCUGGGUGAAGUAACUAAAAGAAUCAAUUAACUAUACUUUCUGCUCCAAUUACUGUCACUUCUCUGUACAAUGUAAUUGACCAAUAAAUGUGUUUUUAUGACGAUUUGCAAGUACUGAAAUAGAAUGCUGGGCUAUGCAUUAGGUAGGAAAACAAUUUUAAGAUGUUAUCUUAGAGUAAAUAACCUGAUGUUGAUGACAGUCUUCAUUUUUUCACGUGUCUUAAGAGUUUGUGGAUCUUAUACAUUUUUUCAGUGAACAAAAGAAUGCAGAAACAUUUUGCUAUAUUGUCAUUACUAUUUAAAUACACGUGUGUGUAGGGUCAGACAAAAACAUUUCUGAGUAUAUGACUACUUUGUGCCUUCUCUUAUUCUUAAAUGAAGAAUGCAACCUCUUUACUAAUGUUUGACCAUUUCUGAGUGUCAGUUUCACAGACAUAUCAUGGAAAUAUAUGCAAAGGGCUGUUUUAUAAUCAAUUUUCAAAAAUAUAUAUAUGCUUAUCCUAGCAAGGUCUAGGUAUCUUUAAUCAAUGACUUUUUAAUGUUCCUCUAUAAUAUAAUGUGAUUAUUUGUCUCUAAUGCAGUCACUUCAGCAGUCACUGCUACUUUUGGUCAGUGUGGAAACUAGCUCUACAGAGCUUACAAUAGUUUUUGCACAGCUUAUUUGAAAAGAGAGAGAGACAUUUACCAUGGUACAUCUGUUGCACGCUAACAGCUUCCUGAAGGUAGUUCAGAUUUUCACAGCUUUGCACAUUACUUGAAAUGCUUAAUCAGUUCUUCUCUACCCUUGCAUUUCUGUCUACAAUAAUGUUAUUUUCAUCACUUUUCUCAAUGUGUACAUUUUAUUUUAAUGCAACUUCAUUUGAAACCAAUUCAAUUGCCUUUUUCCACCUUGCAGAUGUUUCUGCUUUAUGUAAGAUUCUAUUAUGAAAUGUCAGUGGAAUGUUUUUGUUUUUAAUUUAUUAAAAUUGGCAGAUUGCUCAUUACA